GCAAACGGGCUGCCGGGGCACAAGUACCGCGGAUCCUCUAGCCAUUCUCAGCACAAGUCCGACCCCGGUGGUGGUGGUGGUGGUGGCGGCGGCGGGAAGACGUCAAGUGGAGUCGCUAAUCGACCGGGCAGUGGACACUCGGCCUUGACGGCUACUUUGGACGUCUCAAUCGCGUUGCCAAGGGAGCCGGCAGCGUCGACAGUCGCGGCUGUACAACUGGUCGGUCGGAACGUGAAGACAGACGCUCUCAGUGUCGAUACCGACCUGGUGACAGGCGAUGCUGAGGCUUGUCGGGGUGUGGUGAUGCCGACGCUGGCACCGAGCGAGGCAGAUGAGAGGGCGAACAGUACACCUUCGGGUUUGACUUCGUCCGAGUCCGGCGUGUUCUCAGACGCCCCAACCAAUAGUGACACUUCGUGUGGUUCGAUCACUUCUUGCUCAGGCUUUUCGGCGCUCCCUUCACCCGGCUCCACCCUCACCUCGUCACCAGAAUUGUCACCCUCCUCGUCUUCUCCGCUCUCCGCCUCUGCGCGCUCCUCUUCCUCCUCUUCCUCUUCCUCUUCCUCUUGCUCUCCCUCCUCCUCCUCCCCCUCCCCCUCUCCCUCAUCCUCCGCCUCCAUCCCCUCCUCUUCCUCUCCCUCCUCCCCUUCGUCCCCCUCCUCCCCGUCCUCCUCUUCCGCCGCCGCCGCCGCCGCCACCAUCACCGCCGCCUCUCCUUCCUCUUCUUCUUCUUCUUCUUCUACUUCUUCACACGCUCCUGACGACCCUGUCGGCUUCUCACAUUCACUAACCCAUGACGCUUGCCCUUGUCUGCCGUCGACUACCGACAAGUCUGAAGUCGAGGCGAGCUCAACCGUCUGCCUCGACGUGGUCGGAAAUCACGACGCCGACUCUGGAAAGGGCAACUCUUCCGCAGGGUCGGCCACCACCUCGGGAGACGAGAAGGAGAUGGGCCCAGACACCACGGACCUCGUGGGGGCGGGUAUCUCUCACAUCUCUUCACACUCGGAGACGGGCAAAAAAGCCAGCUCUCUGGGGGCGGCAGAUCAACGGCGAAGAGGAGCAUCCGCUGUGAAAUCCACGACGGACAACGUCGUCAACAAACUGGAGGAGGAAAAAAAGGAGCAAUUAAUCGCUAAGGCAGACGAAGAAAAGGAGGACGUCGAGCAGACUAAUCAAAUUAAUGGACUUCCUGCUGAUUGCCCGAGUGAAUACACCAUCAUCGCUACGAUUAGCCCCGACCAGCUGUCCCACUACCAAGCUCCCAUCCUGCAGAGCGCCCUUAAAUCUGUCCCGCUGGCGUCAUUGGCACCCUGCGAGAACUGCUCGUCUGCCGAGUCAAACGACCCCGGGUGA